AUGUCAACUGCAAGUAUUCCUUCAAACCCAAUUCUUAUCGUUGGUGGUGGAUUAGCUGGUCUUUCUGCUGCUCAUCAGGCAUAUUUACGUGGUGCUAAUGUUGUUUUAUUAGAUAAAGAAAGUUUUCUUAGUGGUAAUAGUGGGAAAGCUACUUCAGGUAUCAAUGGUGCCUUGACGAGAACUCAAGUUAAUUUGAAAAUCCCUGAUUCGGUUGAACAAUUUUAUCAAGAUACAUUAGCUAGUGCUAAAGAUCGGGCUCAUCCAGAAUUAAUCAAAGUUUUAACUUAUAAUUCUGCUGAUGCUGUUCAUUGGUUACAAGAAGUUUUCGAUUUGGAUUUGACUGUGGUUUCAAGAUUAGGAGGACAUUCUCAACCUAGAACUCAUCGUGGUCAUGAUGCAAAAUUCCCCGGAAUGGCAAUCACUUAUAGAUUAUUAGAAAGAUUAGAAACCCUUUCUGAAACUGAACCUGAUCGUGUUGUUAUUCUCAAAAAUAGUCAAGUUAUUGAUUUAAUUAUGGAACAAGAUAAUAAAGUUGUUGGUGUUAAAUACAAGAAUUUGAAAGAUAAAUCUAAACAUGAAUUAUACGGACCAGUAAUUUUACUGACGGGUGGAUAUGCAGCUGAUUUCACCAAGAACAGUUUAAUUAGGAAAUAUCGACCAGAUAUUAUUGAUUUACCUUCGACAAAUGGUGGCCAUGCCACGGGGGAUGGUCAAAAAAUCGUUCAAAAAAAUAAAGGUCAAGUUUUGGAUAUGGAUAAAAUCCAAGUUCAUCCAACUGGUCUUAUUAGUUAUAAAGACAAAGAUAUUGUUGAAAGGAAAAAAACUCCACGAUUCUUGUUUCUUGGAGCUGAAGCAUUAAGAGGUGAAGGUGGGAUUAUUUUCAAUUCUAAAGGUGAAAGAUUUGUUGAUGAAUUGGGGACUCGUGAUUGGGUUUCGGGAGAAAUGGACAAACAAAUCAAACAAGGAAAUUUCCCUAUUCGAUUAGUUUUAAGUGAAAAAGCUGGUGAAAAUUUGAAAUUUCAUGUCAAACAUUAUACUCAAAGAGGAUUAAUGAGAACUGUUUCUGGUAAAGAACUUGUUGAAGAAAUGGGUUGUUCUGAAGACAUUGUUAAACAGCAACUUGAUACUUAUAAUAAGGCUGCUUCAGGUGCUAUUAAGGAUCCAUUUGGUAAAAAAUAUUUCCCAGCUACACCUUUUGAAUAUUCACCAGAUGCUAAAUAUCAUGUGUCAUUUAUUACUCCGGUUCUUCAUUUCACAAUGGGUGGUGUGAAGAUUAAUGACAAGACCCAAGUUAUUGCUGAUAAUGAUAGUCCAUUUGAAGGAUUAUACGCUGCUGGUGAAGUUGCCGGUGGUGUUCAUGGCCAUAAUCGUUUAGGUGGUUCCUCAUUAUUGGCAUGUGUUGUUUAUGGAAGAUUAGCUGCUGAUCAAGCUUCAAGUUAUAAAUUCCAUAAAUUGAGUUUUGGUGAUGGUGAUAGUAUUGCUUCUGCUAGUCAAAGAUUAAAAAUGAUUAAUUUACAUAUUGAUCCUAGCAAUGGUAGAAUUUUUAUAGAUACUAAUGGAAAUGGUGGAGAAGGUAACACUGCUUCAACUUCAACUCCAGACAAUGGUGGUUCUUCUUCUUCUGCUGCCGCUCCUCCUCCUCCUCCACAGAAGAAAGCUCCUAAACAACCCAAACCAUUUUCGGUUCCUGAUAAAGAGUUCACUGCUGAAGAAGUUGCUCAACAUAAUAAACCUGGUGACUGUUGGUGUAUUAUCAAAAAUGUAGUACUUGAUUUAACUCCAUUUUUGGGUGAUCACCCUGGUGGUAAAGAAUCAAUUGCCAAUUUUGCUGGAAGAGAUGCUACUGAAAGUUUUGCUAUGUUGCAUGAUGAUGAUUUCAUUCCUAAAUAUGUUGCUAAUUGUGUGUUAGGUAGAUUGAAAGGUAAAACAUCAGAAUUACAAUUAUAA